AUGGACUCGAAUCAGUUUCGCGAUGCGGCAAAGGGAGCCAUUGACGAGAUCGCGACUUACUACGACAACAUUGCAGACAGGUCCGUUUUGCCGUCAGUCACCCCCGGCUACCUGCGUCCUCUUAUCCCAGACUCCGCACCAGAAGAAGGCGAAUCAUGGGAAACCAUCCAAUCCGACAUCGACCGUGUCAUCAUGCCAGGCCUGACACACUGGCAAUCGCCAAAGUUCAUGGCCUUCUUCCCGUGCAAUUCCUCCUUCCCGGCCAUGCUUGGUGACAUGUACUCGGGCGCUUUCAAUGCCGCCGCCUUCAACUGGAUCUGCUCACCUGCCAUUACCGAGCUCGAGACCGUAGUCAUGGACUGGGUAGCCAAGCUCAUCGGCCUUCCUGAUGCCUUCUUGAGUCAAGGAGAAGGGGGCGGAAUCAUCCAAGGAACCGCCAGUGAAGUCGUAGUCACAGCUGUCGUCGCAGCCCGCGAGCGCCUUAUCCGCAGACGCCUCAAGGACAUGCCUGAAGGCGAGGAGAAGCUGGACGCCGCCGCCGACCUGCGCGGCAAACUCGUAGCCAUGGGCUCUGAGCACGCGCAUUCAUCCACCCAAAAAGCUGCCAUCAUCGCCGGCACACGCUUCCGCACAGUGUCAGCCCCUGCAGAAAAUGGCUACAGCGUGUCGGCAGCAUCUCUCAGGAAGACGAUUGAAGAGUGCAAAACAAAGGGCCUCAUCCCCUUCUACUUCACCGCCACGCUCGGCAGCACUGCAACCUGCGCGGUGGACGACCUCGCCGGCAUCGCCGAGCUCGCCAAAGAGUAUCCCGACAUCUGGAUCCACGUCGACGCCGCCUACGCCGGCUCCGCGCUCGUGUGCCCUGAGUACCACCAUCUCUGCCCGCCCCUCGCUGCCUUCGACUCGUUCAACUUCAACCUACACAAGUGGCUCCUCGUCAACUUCGACUGCAGCGCCUUCUUCAUCAAGCGCCGCGCCGACCUCAUCGACACGUACUCCAUCACGCCCUCGUACCUACGCAACUCCUUCACCGAAUCCGGCCUCGUCACCGACUACCGCGACUGGCAGAUCCCCUUGGGACGGCGUUUCCGCUCGCUCAAAGUCUGGUUCGUGCUACGCUCCUACGGCGUCAAGGGCCUGCAAGCCUUCAUCCGCAAUCACAUCCAGCUAGGCGAGUACUUUGCCUCGCAAAUAAAAUCCCGCCCAGAUCUCUUCACAAUCACAACAGACGCCGCAUUCGGUCUCGUCACCUUCCAAGCCACGCCCCCGCCGCCCUCUUCCAGCGCAACCAAAGCUGACCAACCGAACCCCGCGCACGAAGCGUACACCAGCGACUUCACCCCCAGCGGCGCAGCGCAGUAUCGUGAAGAUUGCAAUCUGGCGACUAAGAAGGUGUACGAGAAGAUCAACAGCCAGGGCGAGUUUUAUAUUAGUAGCUCGGUCGUGUGCGGGACGUAUAUCAUUCGUAUCGUAAGCGCCAACAUGGCGGCAGAGGAGAAGUAUCUCAAGCUGGUGUUUGACCGGCUUGUUCAGGCGGCGGAAGAAGAGCGGGGCGGGAAGGGUGGUGAGAAUGGGGGGGCUGCGUAG